ACAGCUACACACCAGCAGUGAUGGAUAUAAUAACCCGCUACGUUGCGCUUAAGUACAUAUACCAGGAGACUCGCUGCUGCUCUCCCACAAUGCUCUGCUGCCGCCAUCCGCCCGCAUCCAACGGCCCAGCGUCUCCCCAAUCACCCGGGCAGCAGACAUGAGCGAGCAGACCGAGCUCCGGCCGGCCGCGGAGGACAAGCUCAUCCUCUAUCACUGGACCCACUCCUUCACUUCCCAGAGGGUGCGGCUCGUCAUAGCAGAAAAGUCUCUUAAGUGUGAAGAGCAUGAUGUGAGUCUUCCUCUGAGCGAGCACAAUGAGCCCUGGUUUAUGCGGCUUAACCCCUCGGGAGAAGUUCCAGUUCUUGUACAUGGAGAAAAUAUCAUCUGUGAAGCCACACAGAUUAUAGAUUAUCUGGAGCAGACAUUUACUGCUGAGAAAACACCAAGACUGGUGCCAGAAGAGGGGAGCGUCUACUUUAUCAGAGUGCAACACUACAGAGAGCUACUGGACUCACUGCCCAUGGAUGCAUAUACUCAUGGCUGCAUCCUACACCCGGAGCUAACGGUAGACUCUAUGAUACCAGCGUAUGCAACAUCAAGGAUUCGCACUCAAAUAGGCAGCACAGAAUCAGAGCUUAAAAGACUUGCUGAAGAAAAUCCAGAUCUUGAAGAUGCUUACAUUGCAAAACAAAAACGCCUAAAGACUAAAUUGAUGGAGCAUGAUAACAUAAAGUACUUGAAGAAAAUACUUGAUGAGCUGGAAAAAGUCCUGGAUCAGGUUGAAACUGAAUUACAGAGACGAAGUGAAGAAACACCAGAGGAAGGUGCAGGCAGUGAGUCCUGGCUGUGUGGACAGUUCUUCAGUCUGGCAGAUGUGUCAUUAGCGGUCACUCUCCACCGACUGAAGUUUCUUGGAUUUGCCAGGAGAAACUGGGGGAAUGGAAAACGACCUAAUUUGGAGGCGUAUUACGAACGCAUCCUACAAAGAAAGACUUUUAAUCAAGUGCUCGGAAACGUCAACAAUAUUUUAAUUUCUGCAGUGUUGCCAACUGCGUUCCGCGUGGCCCGAAAACGAGCCCCUUCUAUUCUUGGUACAACCCUGAUGAUAGGAUUGUUGGCGGGAACAGGAUAUAUUUGUUUCAUGUGCGUUAGAAAAAGACUGUUCAACGUCUUCUCGUCCAUUAAGUCAAAAUACUUUUUUUAGUACACUGUAAAAUGUUUUGUGGCUCGUCCCCUUAUUAGAAGGUAUAUUGUAAAAACAGAUGAAUAUAGGAGAAUAUUAUGGCAAAGAAUAUAGGGGCAGAUGUAUUAACCUGGAGAAAGGAUAAAGAAGUGGUAAAGCAGUGAUA